UGAUAUGUUCAGAGAAGAUAUUAUAAUACACAUCUUUUCUGGAUGGAGGAGUUUCUUAAGGAAAUGUUUGUUUCGAGUCCUUCGAGUCGGUCCGAUCCCGUCUCACAUUGCUGUGAUCAUGGACGGGAACCGAAGAUACGCUAAGAAGAAGAAGAUAGACGACACGACGGGGUACGAUGCAGGGGCAUUGGCACUCUUGCAUUUGAUCAUUUACUGCAUGGAGCUUGGUGUUAAAUAUGUUACGGCGUAUGCUUUCAGCAUCGACAAUUUCAGAAGGCAGCCGGAAGAAGUUCAAAAGAUCAUGGACUUGACGAUGGAGAGCGUCAUGCUAUUAACGUGGAUAUCAAAACUUCGAUCGGUGAGGGUCCAUUUCGCGGGGAACCUACAACUAUUGAGUGCGGAGAUUCAGGAUGCGGCCAAGAGACUCAUGGAAUCCACCGCGGGUUACAAUAACUUUGUGUUGACGAUAUGCAUUUGCUACACUUCUUCCGAUGAGAUCUUGCAUGCGGUCAAAAAAUCGUGCAAAGAAAAAUGGGAUGAUGGUAUCGGAAUCAUGGGAUAUGACAAGGGGAGCGACUACGAGCUGCUCAUAAAGGUGGUAGACAUUGAAAAGCAUAUGUACACGGCCAUUGCGCCAGAUCCUGACAUUCUGAUCCGCACUGGGGGCGAGUACCGGCUAAGCAAUUUCCUUGUAUGGCAGAGUAGUGGCUGCCAUUUGUCUUCGUUGGGGACGGUUUGGCCGGAGUUUGGUGUGUUUCAUCUGGUGUGGGUGGUAUUGGAUUUUCAGCAAAAUUACCAUUAUUUUGCUAAGAAAAAACUGCAGUUAUAGACCCUUAGAACUGGUUCAUAUCUUUGCUUGUAUUAGUCCCAUAAUAACAUGUUGUAAUUAGGUGCAAAAAUAAGGGGAAAAAAACUUAAGAAAGAACUGUGUCACAGGGAUGUACCAACUUAAAAGUUGGGUCUGGGUUUUAUCAUAUGCAAUUUAAGCAUGUAUAUUUCUUUAGCAUAUA